UCUGCAGGGGAAUUGGCUUAAGCUUAUAGGAAAUAGGAAAUAGAAAGUAGAAAGUAGUGCGGAGAGAUGAGAAAAAUCGAGGAUAUUGGCCUGGUGGGCACCAAUGUGCGAAUGUGGCGCCACUUGGCCGUUCUGUACCCCACUCCGGGCACCAACUGGCGGAAGUUCGCCUUCGUCCUGCCCGUGUCGGCGAUGAAUCUGAUGCAGUUCGUCUACCUUUUGCGGAUGUGGGGCGACCUGCCCGCCUUCAUCCUCAACAUGUUCUUCUUCUCGGCCAUUUUCAACGCCCUGAUGCGCACGUGGCUGGUCAUAAUCAAGCGUGACCAGUUCGAGCUGUUCCUCGGGAGACUGUGCACUUUGUUCCACUCGAUUCUCGAGUCCUCCGACGAGUGGGGGCGCGACAUUCUGCGGGGGGCGGAGCGGGAGGCCCGGAACCUGGCCAUCCUUAAUUUGAGUGCCUCCUUCCUGGACAUCGUCGGGGCUCUAAUCUCGCCGCUUUUCAGGGAGGAGAGAGCUCAUCCCUUUGGAGUGGCCCUGCCCGGGGUGAACAUGACCCGCACUCCCGUCUACGAACUGGUUUACUUGGCCCAGCUGCCCACACCUCUGCUGCUAUCCAUGAUGUACAUGCCGUUCGUCAGCCUCUUCGCCGGCCUGGCCAUCUUUGGAAAGGCCAUGCUCCAGAUCCUGGUGGACAGGCUGGCCCAAAUUGGUGGGCAGGAGCAGUCGGAGGAGGAGCGCUUCCGAAUGCUGACCUCUUGCAUUCAGUACCACAUUCGGGUGAUGGGCUAUGUGUGGGAGCUCAACAAACUGGUAACCAACAUAGUGGCGGCCGAAGCAAUUAUUUUCGGCUCGAUAAUCUGCUCGCUGCUCUUCUGUCUGAACAUUAUAACUUCGCCCACCCAGGUCAUCUCUAUAGUGAUGUACAUCCUCACCAUGCUCUAUGUGCUAUUCACCUACUACAACCGCGCCAAUGAAAUAGUCCUCGCGAACAACCGAGUGGCGGAGGCCGUUUACAAUGUGCCCUGGUAUUCGGCUGGCAUUCGUUUUCGCAAAACCCUCCUGAUCUUCUUGAUGCAAACACAACACCCCUUGGAGAUAAGAGUUGGCAACGUUUACCCCAUGACUUUGGCCAUGUUUCAGAGUCUGCUGAAUGCGUCCUACUCGUACUUCACCAUGUUGCGUGGCGUCACCAGCAAAUGAGCUGAAAGACCGAAAAAGCACCAAAGGAUCCUGUACUUUGUGCCCCUGCUUUUCCCCACUGCACUUGGCCAGCAAUCCGAGUAAUGCAAAAAGUUGUUUUUGCUGGCUGUGGUCCUGGUUGUUUGGCAUUUGCAUAUGUUUGUCGUUUGAAAGGAUUUAAUCGGACUGCUGGCAGGGAGUCGGGAUCCUGGCUCCUGGCUCCUGGCAUGCAAAUAGUUUGCCGCUUUGAAUUGGCUUCUUAGAUUGUUACACAAAAUAGAUUGUAGAUUACAGCAAAAUGUUGUGCUUGAAAUAAAGUCAAAUGAAUGCGGAGUAGGA